UUAUCGUCCAACUGUAUGGUAAUCGAGGGUGCGUUCGGACUGCUGAAGGACAUAUUCCGUGUUUUGAAAAAGGCACUAAAGCAACGCUCGUCUACUGCAUUGGUAAGAAACAUCGUGGCAUGUUCGAUUCUCCCCAAUCUUUUGACUGAUCUACAGGACAGCGCUCCAAUUAUUAUUGCUUCGACACAAGAUGCCACAAGCGCAGAGAACGAAAUAGCACCACAAAAAAUCACGAACCAAGACGGGGAUACAAAACGGCAAUUGCAUUGC